AUGUUGGUGGUGGUGGUGGUGCCUGGGCUGGACGGGAAGAUGAAGAAGAUGUGGAAGAGCGCAUGCGCCACAAAUGGAGAGAGGAUUGACAAGUCGUUUGCGGAGAGGAUCACGGUGUGGAUUGUUCAGAUCAUCAUGAACCUGCGCUGUGUGUGCCGGUCACUCUGCUGGCCGUUCGGCUCCGCCACGCUGGACUCCAGGCACUGUGUGUUUGCACUCUCCAUCCUCACACUCCUCAUGCAGGUGGUGGUGGAGGCCAACUCGUGGUGGUCUUUGGCCAUGAACCCCCUCCUCAUUCCCGAGGCCUACAUCAUCGGGGCGCAGCCUCUGUGCAGCCAGCUGGUGGGCCUGUCCCAGGGCCAGAAGAAGCUGUGCCAGCUCUACCAGGACCACAUGCAGUACAUCGGGGAGGGCGCCAAGACGGGCAUCCGGGAGUGCCAGUACCAGUUCAGGCACCGGCGCUGGAACUGCAGCACCGUGGACAACUCCUCUGUGUUCGGACGCGUCAUGCAUAUAGCGAGCAGAGAGACGGCCUUCACCUACGCCAUCAGUGCGGCCGGUGUGGUGAACGCCGUGAGCCGAGCCUGCAGAGAGGGAGAGCUGUCCAGCUGUGGCUGCAGUCGAGCGGCGCGCCCCAAAGACCUGCCCCGCGACUGGCUGUGGGGCGGCUGUGGCGACAACCUCAACUACGGAUACAGGUUCUCCAAGGAGUUUGUGGACGCACGUGAGCGCGAGAAGAGCUACCCCAAAGGCUCGUACGACAGCGCGCGGCAGAUGAUGAACCUGCACAAUAAUGAAGCUGGCCGACGGACGGUGUCGGACCUGGCGCAUGUCUCCUGUAAGUGCCACGGUGUGUCCGGCUCCUGCAGCCUGAAGACCUGCUGGCUGCAGCUGGCAGACUUCCGGAAGGUGGGGGAUGCUCUGAAGGAGAAGUACGACAGCGCUGCUGCCAUGAAGCUCAACACUCGAGGCAAACUGGUCCAGCUCAACAGCAAGUUCAACGCUCCGACCAACCACGACCUGGUGUACCUGGAGUCCAGCCCAGACUACUGCCUGAAGAACCAGAGCACGGGCUCGCUGGGCACAGUGGGGCGCCUGUGCAACAAGACGUCCGAGGGCAUGGACGGCUGCGAGCUCAUGUGCUGCGGCCGCGGCUACGACCAGUACAAAGCUCAGAUAGUGGAGCGCUGCCACUGUAAGUUCCACUGGUGCUGCUACGUCAAGUGCAAGCGCUGCACCAAAAUCGUGGACCAGUUUGUUUGCAAGUAA